AUGGCUAUUGGAGAUUUAAAUACAGUUUGCACUUUUAAAGAGUCUCCAACAAGUGUUCGAACAUUGUUGUUGGCUGAUCUUCAGCAACUGAGAAUCAUGAAAAAUUCUCAUUACAGUUAUGUUGAUGCUGUGGUGAAUAACUUGGAGGAUGCUCAUGAAUUGAUCGAUACAGCAAUUUCAACUGCUUUGAAAGCAACCAAGCCUGUUUAUAUUAGCAUUAGCUGCAACUUGCCUGCAAUUCCUCAUCCCACUUUUGGCUCUGACCCUGUUCCCUUUACACUCUCUCCAAAUAAUUUUUGGACAAAUCUGUGUAAAUUGAGUAACAAGAUGGGAUUAGAAGCGGAGGUGGGGGCAGCGGCUGAGUUCUUGAACAAAGACAAGACCAUUAUCGUGCAGCCUGAUCGGGAUAUUUGUUCCUGUAGAACAGAACAUAAACAACCUUUGAGGGUUGAUGUCCUGCUUCAAUACAUACAGAACAUGCUCUCUAGUGAAGCUACCAUCUUUGCCGAAGCCAGGGAUUCUUGGUUUAACUGCCAGAAACUGAAAUUGCCUACGGGAUGUGGCAUGGAUCGAUCGGGUGGUCAGUUGGCGCUACCAUUUGGUACGCACAGGCUGUUCCAGAGAAACGUGAGAUUGCUUGAAUCAGUGAUGGUAGUUUCCAGGUCUGAGGAAGAGCUAAUUAAAGCGAUUGAGACGGCAACAAGAGCCAUGAAAGACUGCUUAUGUUUCAUUCAAGUGAUAGUUCAUAAGGCUGAUACAAGCAAAGAGCUCUUGGAAUGGGGCUGUCGAGUCGCUGCCACUAAUGGCCGUCCGCCAUAUCCUCAGUAA